AUGAUUCUCAUCUUUGUUUAUCUCUUUACAACAAUCCUUGUUGUAAAAGGUAUCGAUGAUGAAUUACUCCUUAAUGGAUCACAAUUUCCACCUUCUCUCUUCAUUCCAUUAGACAAGUCAUACUUGUUAGAGUGUAAUUCAAAACAUACUGUUCAUUGGAAAGUAUACUUGAUCAAUGGUAAAAUCGAAAUAAUUAACGAUAAACUAAUACGUCUGAAUGAAUUCGAUAAAAAUCGUGAUGGUUUCUAUCAGUGUUAUGUGACCGAUGAUGUAUCGAUGUUUCGUAGUAUGUUUAUCUUUUCCAAUGGUGCACAGUCAAUUUCCCGUAAUUGGACGCAACUGACAGUAUUUGAUGAUGAUUUGUUAACAGUUUGUCGACCAGUAUAUUUCAACUAUGGAUUUAACGAAGAGUUCAUUGAAUUGAUUGAUACUGAACAAACCAUUCGAUAUAAUCGAAGUGCUAUAUUAGUAAAACAUAUUCGUAGUACGACGCAUUUAUUCUGUAAAUUGUAUCUUGAUACAACAUGCGUCGGAGUACGAGUACAGAUAUUAAUUAAGAAAAAUUUGAACCAUUCAGUAUUGUUAGAUAAUGAUCUGAAAAAGAAUGAGUAUCUGGAUAUGGAUAGUAAUGAACGCGAUGUCUAUCAAAUUGCUUUUCAAGGUGAUUCGGUUUAUUUCCAUUGUCCAACGAAUGUAACAUUAGCGGUUCAAUGGUCUUAUCUUUCAUACAAUUAUUAUCUAAUGAAAACUCUUCCAACAAUUUAUGAGAAAGACAUGAAAAUCAGAUCGGUUGAUAUUAGCGAUUCGGGAAUGUAUAUAUGUCGAACAGAAAAGAUAAUUUACAAAAGAAUUAUUUUAACCAUUAUUCAUCCUCCAAAAUCACCUGAUGGGAUCUAUGACCAUACUCUCACUGUGGAUUUUAACUCAAAAUAUCUAGUAUGUUGCCAUUUAGAUGGUGUACCUUAUCCAAUCUACACAUGGUCAAUGAAUAUUCCAUCGGAAAACACAACAUUCAUUUGGUGUUCGAAGCGAUGCUGUUGGCUGCAUGUUAUAUAUGCAAAUUAUGAUAAUGUUACAUGUACAGCAAGAAACCAACUGGGAAUGGGAAAAUAUACUCUUAAUUUGAUUGUUCGAAAUACUGAUCUGGAAAGUACGAUCGUUUAUGAUAGACUACGAAUUUAUGAUUACCUGUAUACAAUUCAUCAUCUGACUGUGAUUCGUAAAACAGAAGAGAAUUCUGAUAGUGGAGCAAUUGUGACCGUUACGAAUAUGGAGUAA